AUUGAGGGGAUUUAGCUGGUGUGUGUUUGUGUAAUUUUACUGUGGGCGUGUUGUCAGGUGUUGGAGAAAUUCAGGCCCGUUCGGCGGUGCAGUCUUUCCGGAGUCGCUCCUCCGCGUCCCCUGAGCGCUCACUAGCCCAAGGGGACGAGGAGGGUCGUGAGCUGCGUGUCGUGGUAAACACAAAUGACCCAGAUUAUGAGCAUGUUUACUCUAUAGAGAGCUAUGACGAUCCCAUGGAGGAAAUUGUUGACUUUAUGCCCUCAGUCAAUCAGAGCCAAGUGAGAGAGAAAAGAGAGGUUAAAGGUGAAGAUCCGUGCGUCUUGUCGCUGGAUGAGGGCGGCUGCUCCAGAUACACUCUGCGCUGGUACUUCAAUUCUCAGGUGGGCGAGUGCAGACCCUUCAUCUACAGCGGCUGCGGAGGAAACGCUAACCGCUACACACACAAAGAGGAGUGUGAGCAACACUGCCUACACCAGAGCAGAGAUGCUCUGGGCUCGAAUAGUGGACGGUAAUGACGGGACUGCACACACUCUCCAGCACAGCACCAGUGUUCAGUGUUCUGAUCAUGCUCAUCUGAUGGCUCUCAUACGAUACAACUAUCUUCAGUUGUGUCAUUUUUUUUAUCAUAGUUUAUAAUCCAUUUCUGCUUUUUAGUUUAUCUUUUAUUUUUAUUUAUUUUCUUUGGCAAGUUCAACCAUAUUCACAACUCAUUUUAUUUCACAUUUCAUCCAUAAAUAAUCCAGUAUUUCCAACACAAUUAAGGACAUAUAUUUUUGAAAAUGUAUUUUAUUUCUCUGCGUUUGUCCUCCUGUCCACACAGAAACUCAAAUGUGGCUCCUUUUUCAAAAAAAGUAGAGACAUUUUAAAGUAAAGCAGAUUGGAAAAUAUGUUUUUUGAAAAUAGUAUGAACCUGUGCAUAUCCAUUGUGGUGUUGAUUGCGUGCUAGGAUUCUGUAUAUCACUCUGUAUAUCAUUUUUACAAUUUAAUUUCACUUUGUUUUAUUAUUACACCCUUGAGCAUAAAACAGAAAUACGAUAUGUGCUGUACUGCUCCUGAAUCCAGCGCUCUGGUGGUGCACACUUACAGCUUAUAAAAUUUUACCAAAAAUAAACAUAAUUUACAUAUUUCCUCCACAAUAUUUAUAUAGUGAACUUUCGCAAAGUAGCAAAAUGACUGUUACAGACCUUUUGCCAAUGUUGAUGGUUUUUAUUCUGAAUUUUGCCUUCUCUUCCGCUCAGUAUGAAGCUCUUAAUAUUAUUCUUGAGGCAUUUGACAUGACAAUUUUUGACAAGCUCAUCUGAACAUUUUCAAAUUACUUUUGUGUGGACGGAGAUAUUUUCGAAAACACUCUGUGUUGACGGGAAUUUUUUUUUGAAAAGUACAUUUUCAAAAAUAUCUAUAUACGUGUAGACAUGGCCUAAAGCACAGCAAGACUAAAAUAAAUUUAAAAAAGAAACAAACUGCUUUCAAAGCAAAUAUGUUUAUUCAAGAUUAUUAUGUCAAAGUACUAAUCAGUCAUUGGAUUAGUGUUUAAUGCACAUACGUGGGAGUCUAAAGCCAACACUUCAUGCAGACCCCAGGCUGACCUGAUCCAGCCUGUCAUCAUGGAUUCCUCUUCUAUUGUCUGAAAAAUCCUCCGUUUUACUUUUGUGCCAGAAAAAAAAAGGUUUACUAAAGGUUACUAAGUGCUGCUAUUCAAGUAUGUCAGCUAGACAUAAAUAGCUAGAUAGAUAUUAGUACUGAAAAAUAAAGUAUACAGUACAACUAGCUGGUGAGCGUUACCCUUUGGAUAAUCUCACAAGCCAGACUUUUAGCAUUCACCAUAGAGAUUGUCAAUAAAUAUGGCCGAGAAACACCUACUUUUCAUCACCUACUUUUAAUCAUUUGACCAGUCACAGACCGUCCACAAACAAACCACUAUCUAUUUCAUAAUAAACACUUUAAGAAUUUUUAAAGAUGGGAUUCUGUAAGCUUUUUUAGUGCAGUGACUGUAUCUUGUAUACAAAUCAAUGGAGUGUAUAAAGAGAAGUGCUGAGAGCCAAUCAGCAGCCUCCAAAAUUCUGAAGCUUGUGGCCAGAAAUGUGUAUAAAAAAGGGUAGGAGACACUCCAUGGCAUCCUAGGGUCUAUCUAAAAAAAUGAAUUUGUUAAAAAAAAAAAAAGAAUGAAAAUAAAAUUUACAGUGUUGGUAUUGGUGAAUUAAAACAAAAAAUAGUACUCAAUAUAAAUGUACUGAAUACUCAAUAAAAAAUGGAGGGGGAAACAGUAGCAGCAACAUGGGUCAUGUGUUUAAGGGUCAAAAGUGGAACCAUGGUGCGACUUUCUGUUAUUAUCUGUAAAACCUGUUGCCUCACUGAUCUGUGGCCAAUAUUUAGCUACCAUUAGUGACUCCCUAGUUAAGUUUUUCCCACUAAAAUCAUGCACUUAAUGCACGGUGUGUUUCUGCUGAUCCGUUUUUGCUCGUUGUUACUCUGGUGCUAAAAAAAGGCAGGACCUGUAGUACACACAGACUGCAUCAGGAUUCUGUCUGUGUAUCAAAUUUAUUACCUGCUUUACAGUAAUACAUUUUGCAUUAGCUAAUUUUAAACAGUGGUAUUGGUAUGUUUUGUCAGCGUGGGCUGAGUAUUGACUAAAAAUGUUCAUGCCGGUUGUGCAUCUCUAGUUGCAAUGACAUUACAGAAGCGAUGAUACGCCUGCUUACAUGCGCAGAAUCACUGCCAUAUUUGCAGCUGCUAUUUUUAGUACACAGUCAGUCUCUGCUGUAUAGAGAAGCUGUAACUGUAAAUAUAGAACUGUUUUUUUUUUUUUUUUUUCAGCGUGGAAUCCAAAACGAAUGUUUCUUGAAUUGCAUGUUCACUUUGCUUUAAAAAAAAACUAAAGAGAAAUGGUGCUAUUUUUCAGACAUAUUUAUAAUAUGGAUUGUACUUGAUAAUUUUGUCAUUUUGUAUGUGCUAAAAUGAUGAUUAAAAUUUUCAAUUUGUUGACUUUUUCUGGACUCAGAAA